GAAGUACUGGCAGCCUGUACUAAAACUGCGGUACGAGAAGCUCGAUUAGCAGAAAUACGUGCUGAAUUGUUACGCUCGAAACGUCUGGAAGCGUAUUUUGCGAAGAAUCCACGCGAGAGAGCAGUACUCGAGCACGAUAAAAAACUCUUCACCGUGAAUCUUCACAGUCCUGCAAUCGCUGAUGUGCCCGAUUAUAUGGGUAUGUAUAUCUUCUUGUAG